AUGGGUUUUAAAAUAGUCAUUAUAUAUUUAAUUCUUGUUUGCUUAAUGAAAGGAAUACCGGGAUUCUUAACAAAUAAAUUAACAAAUUCGUUUUAUAGUACCUUUGUUAAAUUAUCAUACAAGAAUAAAUUUAUGACUGGGAUAUUAACCAGACGAUUGGCAAAAAUGGCAGAUGAAGAAGAAAAAGCAUUAGCAGCUGCAGGAAAGGAUGAAAAUGGAGAUUCAAUUUUUGGAAAAAUUGCAAGAGGUGAAGUACCCGUUGACCCUGUAUAUGAAGAUGAUAAAGUCAUCGCAUUUAAUGAUAUAUACCCACAAGCACCAGUUCAUAUUAUAGUCAUACCAAAAAAGAGAGAUGGUCUUACUAGACUAAGCAAAGCAGAAGAAAAACAUAAAGAAAUUUUAGGACAUUUAAUGUGGGCUGUUGCUGAAAUUGUUAGAAGAAACGACUUAGGAGAUUUCCGAUUGGUAGUUAACAAUGGACCUGAGGCAUGUCAAUCCAUAUACUAUUUACAUUUACAUAUACUAGCCAAGAGACAAAUGAAAUGGCCCCCUGGUUAA